CAAUGAGCGUGUCACAAAAUGUAGCUCUAUAAACUUGUAAGGCAAAGCGUCUUUGACGACGUCGUGCCAAGGUUACGUCUUUGUCGUCUGCAGUUUAGUAAUAACAAGAAUGUAAUAGUAGCAAUAGCCAAGCUAUUCUCUUUAUUUAACAAAUAGAUCUAGGAUAAUCGGUAUGAAACAUGUGAAGAUUAUUUUGAAUAUAUUUUAUAUAAUAGUACAUUAAUACAGGAUGGAGGACUGGAUUAUUGGCGUGAUUGUCGCAUGUAUUUUGGCAGUGGCUUUAAUAGUACUGAUUAUUAUUUUGUGCUGGAAAUGUAAAAAGUUCCGGGUGUGUCUUAAGGACGAUGUCGAAAAGCAAAUUCAAACUAUUUCUGGGAAGUUAGCAGAUCGCGAUGUGUCCUCAGUGUCGGGCCUAGAGAACAAGGCUUUCCAGUCUGCAACGCAGGUCAGGGACAGCGUCCACGUUCAGAAUGAGGUGACCAAUGUCCAGCCAGGAGAUAAAGUGAAAGUGCUACAGGAGAUUCGUGAUGCUCGAAAUCGCGCUGCUGCCACAGUACAGAAGAAAGUGUUGGAUAUAGAACAGCAGAGACUAGAACAGCAGAGACUAGAACAGCAGAGACUAGAACAGCAGAGACUAGAACAGCAGAGACUAGAACAGCAGAGAUUAGAACAGCAGAGACUACAACAGCAAAGACUAGAACAGCAGAGAUUAGAACAGCAAAGACUAGAACAGCAGAGACUACAACAGCAAAGACUAGAACAGCAGAGAUUAGAACAGCAAAGAUUAGAAAAGCAAAGAUUAGAACAGCAGAGAUUAGAACAGCAAAGACUACAACAGCAGAUAUUAGAACAGCAAAGAUUAGAGCAGCAAAGAUUAGAACAGCAAAGAUUAGAACAGCAAAGACAAGAACAGCAAAGACAAGAACAGCAGCAAUGGUAUGUGCAAGUAAAUACUUUGACAGAGUAUGAUGAUGAAGAAGAUGAUGACGAGGAGGACGAUGAUGAUGAGGAAGAAGAGGAAGAUAACAGAGGCCGAGGAAGACGAAGAGGCAGAUCGAGACAGAGAGACAGAGACAAAAGCAGACACCGCUCAGAAUCGGGAGAUUUUUCCAGAAAAAGAGAAACAACAGAUCCAAAUAAAACUAUAGACCUUCACUAUCUCUCGCUGCAAGACGCCAUGAACAAAUUUAUGAACUUUUUGAAGGCUAUGGAGAAUGAUUAUCACAACAGCAAUUUUCGCCGAGUUGACCGCUUUGUCCACAUAAUUACUGGACGUGGUCUCCACAGUAGGAACAGGAUUCCUAAAAUUAAGCCAGCAGUACAGAGCUACCUGGACAAGCAUAACUAUACACAUGAAUGGAAGAACAACGGAGGAUUAGUUACCAUCGAUCUUUACACAAAAAGACGAAAUUACAUGUGAGCUUUCGUAUAGGAUGCAACUCUAAUAAUUUGAGCCACAGAAAAGGGAGACAACCAAAGAGAAUGUUUUACUCUCCCUAAUUCUCUGUUAACAUUGUCCUCUCCUUGGGGUUUUAAACCAGAGUCUCUUUACGCUGACAUGCAGGAGUAGUGUGGUUAUGAGAGGCAAUCCUUUUUCACCUGGAUCUAUGAUCGUCGACCCUCAGAAAAUUGAGACUGAAAGUAGAAUCAAUGAAGCAGGCUCCUUUUAAUUCAUUAAAUGUACAACCAGUUUUGCGAGUUUGAUGGGUUAAUCUAAAUAUAGAUAUUUAUUGUCCUUUUUUAUUACAAAUGUUACGCAUUCGCGAAGCAAACCAUAUCAGAAAAAUUAAUUUACCAAUGUUAUUUUACAUAUAGAUCUAUAUAAUUUUGUAGCGCUAAUGCCCAGCUGAAACCUUGAGGUCCUCAGUAGCACCACCAAAUGUAAAGAGCUACAAAAAUUAUAUACUUCUUCUUUCGUUCUAUUUCGAUCGGGUAAGAUAUGAAUCUUAAUAAAAAAAAAAGAAGUUUAUAGUUAAAUUAAAAUUCUUUUUAUCAAAUCAAAUGGGUUAUAUAAGGAGAAGGGAAGUAAAUUAGACAUUGCCAAUAUCAGUGACGACUGGUCUCCCUUUGAGAGUUUAGAAGGACAAAACAUUAUGGCCCUUACACAGCGCUACUUUCAUGCUUAUAGUAUGCUCAAAGCGCUAUGGUCCAAUGUGGACCAGUUGGGGGGGGGGAGGGGUAUCUGGGAAAAGGCUUUCCGUGCUGCCUUUAGGCGCUCGGUAGUCAGUAAUCACAACUCUGCUCGAGUCGGGUGUCGAACCUCGAGCCCCCUUCAUAGGUAGCCAAGACAUGGCAAGUUCAAGCGCACUUAGCCUCUCGACCACGCUUCCCAAUAUAGCCAAGCUCAAUCGUUUGGCGAGUCUACGAGACAGAGACGGAACAGGUGCCAAUGGAGCUCACUGCCAAUAAGAGGACUUGGGAAACUUGAAAAACACUGCCAACUUUCUGGACCGUGCUACAACAUGCUUAGCGUACACAAACGCAUACACAAUAUGUGCCUUUUUUAAAGAGGAGUUAUCUCCAAUAUGUGUUGUUGAUUCCAUGCUGCUGAUUUCGUUUUUAUAGAACAUAUAAUAUAUGUGAUCAUCUGAUGUAAGUGUAUGUUAUUUUAAGCAGUUGACUUCCUACAGUCAAAUACAGUUUGACAUAAGCAUUUUAAAAUGUGAUCAUGUUGUUAUAUUUUCGUUUAUCGCCAAAGUGUCUUUCUCUAGAUUUUGUAUCUACAGUUGUUUUAAUAAAAAAAUAUAUUUUGAAUUUAAAAUG